AUGGCCGACUUUUCCGUAAUCACUCACAAGGGGUUCAAAUUCCUCAUCACCAAGAACCCGUCCAACAACUCCAUCGAGGGUUUCAUCAAGGACCUCAAGAGAAACAACGUCAAAGUCGUGGUGAGGGUAUGCGAACCCACCUACGAUACAGAAGCGCUCAAAGGAGCUGGGAUUCAAGUCUGCAAUCUGCCUCUACAAGACGGAACUUUCCCUUCUGAAAGGAUAAUCGACGAGUUCUUUGAUAUCCUCAAGAGGCAGUAUUACAUCAAUCCGGAAUCCUGUGUGGCUGUACACUGCGUAGGAGGUCUGGGUAGAGCACCUGUAAUGGUAGCCAUAGCUCUCAUAGAGUUAGGAUUCUCGUAUGAAGACGCAGUUAGCCAUAUCAGAGAAAAAAGGCGAGGAGCAAUUAAUGCCAAACAGCUCGAAUUUCUCUCAAAAUACAAAUCCAAAUCUCGAUUAGUCAAUGAUAAGAAGAAAACUUGCAACAUUCAAUGA